CUCGCUGUUUGGGUAAAUAAAAAGAAGUUUAUUUGUCAACUGUAACCUGUCGUCUUUGUCACCCACGCACCCCACUGGACAUCAGGAACAAGAACUCAGGUUACAGACUGGUGGCAGCGGUGUUUUUGUGUGUCAUCAUCGCGUUUACCCUGUGGCAACUUCUGGACCAAACCGAGGUAAACGGCAGCUAGCGGCUGGACCUGCGACUCUUUGGCGCGAAUUGGAUGGAACUAGCUUGCUAGUGUUGGACUGUUGCUCGAUUGCAUCUAUAACUAGCUUGCUAGUGUUGGACUGUGAGUUGGUCAUCUUCUGAUUAUUAUUAUUUUUUUUUAAUGUAGUACGUGGUUUCCUGCGCGUUAUUUUUUUUUUCCCGAAAAUGUCAGAGGGUGAAGAUAACCCGGUCGUGAGCACAGUUGAUCGUCCUGUCCCUCAGGCGGCGGCGUCUCGCGCUAACGCUAAUGCCCCUGCUAUUAGCUCUGGCCAAGCACUGGCUGCCGACCGUGACCUUACGGUGAGAAGAAUAGUUCAUUAUAAAGUCGAGCUGCCGCCGUGUUUCCACGGUGAUGGCAAGGAUAAGGACAGUUUUUCGCUUUGGAAGUCGCGACUCGAACUGUCUGUGAAAGCCUGCUCCGAUUACCAACAACAGGAUCUUGCCACCAUACUGCCUACUCGGCUGAGUGGGGAUGCGUUGGCAUAUUGGCUAUCUUUGGCUGAGGAAGAGAAGGCUGAUUAUGACAAAAGUAUUGCGAAGCUGAAUGAGGUUUUUGGCAGGAAACAAUUUUUGUUACAUUUUCAAACGUUCGUCAAUGCCAGACAACGGUUGGUUAAAGAGCCCUUAGAAGUGUUUGCUGCUGAAAUCACCAGGCUAGUGCUCGAGGCGUUUCCAGAUUAUGGCGCGCCAGCCAUUGCGAUGGAGCGAUUCAGACGGUUCGUGGCUGGCUUAGAUCUCACUCUUCAGGCAAAAUGUCAUGAGCAUGGGGCCACUACGCUGGAGGAAGCAUUGGUCAUUGCCGGCAAGUGGGAGAGGGCUCAGGAAGCUUUGAAGCUCUCGGCCCCAGCUGGCCCUCAGUCACUUACCCUCCCGGUGGCUGCCACAUCAACGGAGACAGUUUCUGCCAUGGUGUCAACUCAGCAUGAUGCCGCGCCGCACAGUGCAGCACCUGAGUUGGCAGCUGCUGUUCAGGAGCUGUCAGCUGAUGUGCGUGCACUUCGACUGGAGGUGGAUCGGCUGCAGCGAAGGACGGACCAUGACUACAGAGGACGGGCUGAGCGUGACGGAGCGUGGCAGAGGCCUUCGAGAGAGAGAGAGAGAUCCUGGCGUUCGCCAUCGUCGUCUCCAGAUCGCCACUCUGCAUACCGGUCUCAUCACUCAUCCCAUGAGGGGGGCUAUUACGCCCGCCACAGAUCUUCGCCAGGUCGACGGGGCCGUGGCUACUCACCUGCUUCACCGUCCCGGGCUCCUAGAUCAUCGAGCGGCCAGGACCAGUAUCGGCGCCCCAGCCCCGGUUACCGGCGCAACUCCAGCCCAGCGCCCAGCUAUCCAGGCCGGUGGGAGCACCGUCCUCCACACGCUUCAUCCACGAUGGGGAGAGAUGAGCGGCGAUCACCAAGCCGGUACUCCUAUCGCCCCCCGUCCAGAGAGAGAGGUCAGCACGUGAGCUUUGGCGACGAGGACACCAUCUACCAGGGAAACGGCCGCUAGCAGACAAACCAUGGACGCUGAAGAAAGGCUCCUCGACGCCAAGCUGUCAUCCGGAAGAUUGAAGAUGAAGAUUGCCGUGUCGAGCAGUCAUCAUGACCAUUUUUUUGCUGAUCCCCCCAGUUUUUGAAAAGAUUCAGAAUACAAAAUCACUCUUAGAAGUAGACGGUAUGGUAAACAAACCAAAGUUAACACCUUUCAGUUAGUAAAA